AUGGACCGCAGCUUGGACGAGAUCAUUGCUGAAGACACGCGAAACCAUGGUCGCCCCUCGGGCGGUGGUGGUCCUCGUCGUCGCAACAACCCUGGCCGUCGCCACGAGCGCGAUGGCGUCAGAAAGCCAUACACCUCGGACCGCGUUGAUCUGAACCUCGACUGGGUGCACGACAAGUUUGACGACGACAGAUCCCGCCCUUCUCGUGGAGGCCGCAGAGGCCGCGAUGGACAUGAUUCCGACCGCUCCAGCACAUUGACCAAGGUCCGUGUGGAGAACCUUCACUACGAUAUCACCGAAUCCGAUCUCGAUGAUCUCUUUGGCCGAAUCGGUCCUGUCUCCGAACUCACUGUCUCUUAUGACCGCGCUGGACGCUCCGAGGGAGUUGCUUACAUCACAUAUGCCCGCCUGAAGGAUGCACACACUUCCAUUCAGGAGUAUGACGGAGCCAAUGCCAAGGGCCAGCCCAUCCGUCUCUCUCUUGUUCCCGGGCGCCGUGAGCGCAAUCCCCUCGACUACGCACAGCCCCCCAGAUCUAGCCUUAUGGACCGCGUCGAACGCCCCCGCGAUGGCCGCAGCCUGAGCCCCCGAUCUGAUGACAACGCAGACGGUGCCCGACGCCGUCGCGGUGGCCGUGGUCAUCGUAGCGACGUCACUAAGCCCGCACCCGACAACAUUGACCGCUAUGUCCCCGGACAACGCUCCAGCCAGCGCUCCCCCAACCGUCGCAGCGGAGGCAGACGUGGUGGACGUGACAACCGCCAACCGACUGAACGCCGUUCCAACGCUCGCCCCCGCAAGACCCAGGAAGAGUUGGACCAAGAGAUGGAAGAUUACUGGGGCGGUGCAAACACUGGCGCCGAUGAAGCGACUGCUCCUGCUCAGGAUGUCCCUCAGCAGACUGCUCCCGCUCCCACCGCAACCGCAGCUGAUGAUGAUAUUGAUAUGAUCGAGUAA